UCAGCCACAUCGCGAAGAAGCCAGAAAGUCGAGCUCGAGAGUUCAGUCACACCAAUUCGAGAAUCUAGUGCCUACUGUACUGCGCGCGAGCAGCUCGCGCGUUCGAUAAUACCGUGUAAUAUGGUAUUCGCGACUUCCAGCGACAAAAUAACAUACCAAUAGUAAUAAACAAAUAAUAAUAAUCAUGCGCCCGGUCGCGAGUGUCAAUUUGUUUCUGAAAACGAGGCGAGUUUUGAUCGUGACGCUGGCUUCGUAUCUCAUGACGAUACAAGGGGUGAGAAGAGAGCUGAAUCCUCAAAAAAUCAAUCUGAACGAGUUCAUCGACGCCAUGCAGACCUGCGGCAUGCAGCUCGGCUUCGAUCGAGACUUCGCUCUUCACCUGUACGGCAGCAAGGAGGACUUCAAUCGUACCCUGUGCCUGUCGUUCUGCGCGCUGAGAAGGCUCCAAUUGUACUCGAUCGAGGACGAGAUUAGAAAGGAGCUGAGCACUUUCGGCUCGGGAAACGACACGAGGCUGAUCGAUCACGUGAACAAGGCGCUGAAAAGCUGCAAAAAUCUUCUGGACGAUCCGUGCCGAUUGUUCGACUGUCUGUUCGAUUACGCGGGAAAAAUCGACAACCACGAGGAGUCGGCACUGCUCGCGAAAUUUUUCUCCGACUGAACCCUCGAAUUCCGACGCUCCGCUGGGAUACAAUGGCAUUAUAAUUAUUACAUUUUGUAUCGUAAACGCUAAUAUCGUAUGAAUAAAUAUAUAUUUUUAGCCGAUAU